AAUCAACAGAAACUGAAAAAGAAGAAGAAGACGAAGAAGACGCCGAAGAAGAAGAAGAAGAAGAAGAGGAGAACGAAGGAGAGGGAAAAGGAGAAAAAUUGCUUCUCAAAAUCUUGUUGGUUUGUGGAUAUUUAUAUUAGUCAGUAGUCGUCGAGGUGGGAACGCUUUGAUUUCAGCUCUAACUACCUCUCAAUGCUAUCUGCGCUACAAACUCGCAGGCCCAACGAUUCUGAAGACGAGUGUAACGUUAAAUCAGUGGAGAUGAUGGAGAUGGAUGAUCAGUUGGAGGUGACGAUGUCACAGUUUGAGGAGACCAGUGCAAAGAGGGGAAGGUUUGAAUUUGAAAACUUGCCUGAAUCCCAAUGUGAGUCAGAACCUUCCACAAGUGGAUCUCCGUGCAAAAGGACACGCUUGGAAUACGGAUUAUCAAAAAGACUGGAGGUGUCUUUGGUCAGGCUUCCUGAUUAUAAGAUCAGCGCUCUUCGACCACCGACGCCUCCGCAAUUUUACAGCGAAGAUGAAUCUCUCAGUAGUUCAGAUUCUGAUAUGGAUCAACAUGAUGAAUCCAGUGAUUCGGAUAAUCCAUCAGCAAAGAGAUCAAAAGCUAAAAAAAAAAAAAAGUCACCAAUAUUGACCACACCCCCAUAAUUGAUUCAUCAGCAUUUGCCUACGUGCCUCAAGAAACAAGUAAGACGCGCCCUGACCUCCCCGAGGAGGAAAUCAGCGUGGGCUCGACCGUGCUGGCCAGGAAGAAGAACUUGAGGUGGCAACGGGGGCAGAUUGUGGAGGUUGUUACUAAAGAAGAUGGACGAUUAAAGUACAAAAUUAUGUUUGACGAAAAGGGAAGGAGCCUGGUGUCAGGACACCACAUCGCUUUUGAAGUCACACCCAGGCUGGAGCAGGUGUACGUCGGUGCACGUGUGGUGGUCAACUGUCAGGAUGACACGACUCGGUUCCGAGCUGGUAUCUUGGCAGAGCUCCCCACCAGAAAGAACCGCCUAAGGUUUUUGGUGUUCUUGGAUAACCACAGACCUGUCUAUGUUGGCUUAACAUUAUUUUACCUGGUGUGCAGACCAUUACCAGACCCCACAGAUGACAUUCAGGACGACACUCACAAACGUUUUAUGAAGCAGUACAUAAGGGACUGGCCUUACCCUCAUUUAACUCAGUACAAGCCUGGUCAAAAUGCCUCCGUGGAGUUUAAUGGAGUCCAGCAGAGGUGCAAAGUGGAGAUGGUCGACUGCAGCUUGAUAAUGGUGGUUUCGGAGUGUAAUCAGCACAAAGAGUGGAUUCACCGUGGCUCCUUACGACUGUCGCAUAUGCCGAGGUUUUUGGAACUGAGGAGACGAGAAGCUGAAGCAGGUGAACAGUGAUCUGGCUCCAGUUACAAGUCUGUCAUUGUAACUACGACCUGACUUUGAAUAUCUCUGGAAAAUACCUUUUUUUUUUUUUUUUUUUUUUUUUGAACCGUAAUUGGCUGACUUUUUAUUUGUUUGAGUUAGAUUUCUCUCCAGUGAAUUGUACAAAUGUGCUUGGUGAAUUACUGGGUGGAUUGCUAUAUUUCAAUUUAAACAACUAUUGAAAGAUUUUUGUCAGUGUUUAGGGUUUGUUUUUCUGGAAAGCUGUAAAUUGUGUAUAUAGUCAUUCCAGAGCAGCUGUGUUUUAGGCAACCAUGUGCAUUAUAUUUAAUGCAACUGAGGAAACCCAGUAACAAUAGAGGUUAAUGCAUCUUCCGAAGUUUUUUUUUUUUAUGAUUUUUUAAUUUUUUUUUUAAAGUACAGAGGUUCACCUGAAGACAAAGACUAAUGUUCUCUGUUGUGCAUUCUUAUUGAUAAAAUGUUAUACAGUGGAACCUCGGUUUACGAAUUACCAGGUUGAUGAACAUUGUGGUUUACCAAUGACAUUUUUACAGAAAAAUUACCUGUUCAAGCUCUAUUUAUAACUGUCUUGGGAUGGCUGCAGAGGCUCAAUUGUGGUUUUCCUCAUGCCAUGUAAACAUUGGCUCCAUCAUGCGUCGUUAAUUGCAGCUGUUUAUUUCCUCGAAAUGGGCAUCAGUAUAGUGAAGGUAUUUCCUUAUUUUUAUAUCCUACAGUAUCUAUUUUUAUCCACACAGCUAUAAAAAAAAUAAUUUCUAACUUGGUUCUGGUGCUGGAACGAAUUAAUCCGGUAUAUGCGCAACCUAUUUCCGCAUUCGGUGAAACAGGUCGAAGCACUUACUCUUCGCUCGGAUGAAUGGGGAAGAGGACUGACAAAACGCCAUAAGAACUUUUAAACAUCUGCAGGCUUUGUGCGUGUUUACAUAAAUCAUAUUUGUGUAAAUAACUAUGUAUUUACCCUAAGACACCAGCCAUAAAGAAAACACAAUUUUAGCAAGUUCAGUUUCAUACACAGGAGGUUCGCUGACCUGUUUUGUCGUUACAUUUCGCAGAUAGCGAAUUGCAACAUUAUCUUAGUUUGCUAAUGUUUUGAUUCGUGAACAAAGUCAGAACAGAUCAAAUUCGUAAACCAAGGUUCUUCUGUAUUUAAAGUAUUUCAUGAUGUUUUUAGUUGCUACAUGUUAGAAUUUUGUUCAAAAACUGUUUAAAUUGAAUUGUAUGCAGUUCUUGUUCCUUUAUCCAUCAAUGCUAUUAUUUCUUGUAUGUUGCAGCAUUUACAAUAUCCUAAUAAAACAAACUGAAAGUCA